UCAUAAACGAACACUAACUCGACAUGACGCGUGCUCAAUAAAUAAAUAGAAACAAAAAUAAAAAAAAUGCAUAAACAGACGAAAUUCUCCUCGCACCUAGUUCUAACUGCGACCUUAUCCGGCGCUUUAACCAUUGGCCUCUCCUUAAUAUACAUAUUACUUGCCAUAGUAACCCUAAUAUUAAGAACCAAUUGCGAUAAUGGAAUGAUAUUAGAAAAGACAACAGGAGGGGAUUACUUUUGGAAAACCGUUUUCAGCGCCUUUAUACUAAGGGGCGACUGCGAAGCUUCUUUGUCUGCCCGAGAGACGUUACAAAACGAUAUCACAGGAGAAUACACUGUUUACGUGUUAACUGCGAUCACGUUGACUAUCGCGAUCCUGAGCAUUGUGACAUCUAUUGCCCUCAUUACAACCGUACAAGACGACGCGGCUCGGUACAUCAACUUGGUUCUAUUUGCGUACAUCGCCACCUGCGUCGCCGGCCUAGUCGUGGACUUGACUACCGGGAUACACUUUGGUAUUGAUCACGGAUAUUUAUCAGCGAGGCUGGAUGACUGGAUAGCUGGUGCACCAUCUAGCUACAGGAUCGAGGUUCUGCGUCAUGGAGCCUUCCUUCUGAUGGCAAUAGCUCUGAAGGGCUUCGUGGCCCCUCUCCUCAACAUCAUACUGAUCAUUCUACUGAUCGUUUACAUCACCGAACAUAAAAAUGCACAGAAAAUUAAUGAGCAUUCAAUCCACAAGUUGGGAGCGUUGACAGCGUUCGACCAGCCACGGAAACCGGAUGAUAAUAAUUGGCCACCGCAACCUGAAAUGUUAUCACCAUUUGCAAGAGGCUCACAAAUGAAUCCUGGAUUUAUUCACGAUGAUGACUCUCCUCCUCGAACCCCACGGCGGGAACCGUCUCGAAAUUACUCCAACGCUCCUUACGACCGCUCGGACUCCUGGCACCAUAGUCAGCCGAGUGCGUCGCAAACUGCUCGACCCUUCACUUAUCUCGAAGAUGUGAAGCGCCCGAUGCCCUCUAGGCCUCCGGCCUCGCCCUCAGUGGAGCCUUGGAACCGCGACCAGUGGCCCGCGCCCUUCGUGCCAGCCCCCGACUACAGCCCGCAGGCCGCGCGACGCCUCAAGUCCGCACUUAAACCCGCUUACAUGUAAAAUGCGAGCUAUUUAGCAUACACCUUCCUACAUUUUAUACAACUGUAAGUUGACUUUUAUAUUUUAAUAAAUUAUCGGUUUUAAAUAUA